GAACCGGAACCGCUUCAACCGUAUAAAUGCUGAAUAAUCAGUUCCGUUUUCAGACAAAAAGUUGUCACUUUUCUCUCUCUCUCUCUUUCUCGCUUUCGAUCACUCCGGCCGAUACAAUCCUCCGGCGACUCAAACCCAAUCCACGGGUUUCGUUUGGUGAUGUCUGGGCGAGACAGGAUCAGCGAAUUGCCGGAAUGUUUGUUAACUCAAAUACUCUCAUACCUUCCGACAAAUCAAUCGGUGCAGACAAGUGUUUUGUCCAAGAGAUGGGAGAAUCUGUAUCUAAGCGUUCCCGGUCUUGACUUAAAUUGCUCUGUUAUUCCUUAUGAUGCUGAUGAACUGCUCUUAAGCUUCAUUGACAAGCUUCUCGAGUUUAGCCCUGAGUCAGUUCUGUUUAAAGUCAAGGUUCAGUGCAGAGACACAAUGAUAGAUGGGUUCAGGGAUCGGAUCGGUAUGAUGAUUGACCGGAGGACACAGCAUCUUGAUGUUGUGAGCAGUACCCAUCGUUUAGAGGACGACAAUUUUCAUUAUCCUAUUGUUGAUAUGAUGCCUAUGAAUCUCUACACGAGCAAGACAUUGGUUUACUUAAAGCUCUCCUCUUCUGGUCUUAUGGAUCCUGGUUUGGUUUCCCUGCCUUGUCUUAAAUUCAUGCAUCUUGAAGAAGUCAAAUGGCGUGUGCAUCUGGAGAAGCUUCUCUCAGGGUGUCCUGUUCUCGAGGAGCUGACUUUGGUGAGGGAUCUGGAAGAUGAUUAUGCACGUCGGCAUGAUGAGUUUAUGGCUAUGCGUGUGAGGUCUCAGAGCUUGAAGAGUUUUCGUGUGCUGCCGCUUAGGAAUGGAUAUGUCGGUUCGAUAGUGAAUUGCACACUUGAGAUUGAUGCUCCAGGGCUAGAGUAUAUGAGUCUUGGAGAAGAUCAAUUUGAUAGCAUUGUGGUAAAGAACCUGACUUCUUUGAUCAUGGUUAACCUUGAUAUCAAGUUUGUUGUCGGAUUCUGGGUGCUUUUUAAUACUUGGGACGUAUCAAAGAGCAAUGAGAUCCGUGAUUUUCUCAAUGGGAUAACGAGUGUUAGACAUAUGAUCAUCUCUGCCAAAACAGUGCAAACCCUUGAUCAUUACUCAAAAACAGGAAUGAUUCCAAAGUUCAACAGCUUAUCCCGUUUAGAAGCAGUGUUUCAUAGCAAGUUAUUGCAGUUUCUGCCAGCCUUUCUUGAGUGUUGCCCCAAUCUGAAACACCUAGUCUUGAAGGUUGUUCAUUCAGAGGAGAUGAAGGAGGGGUUGGAACUCACAGAUGUGCCACGGUGUGUGUCAUCGACUCUUGAGUGUGUUGAGAUACAAGAAAAAUUACAAUGCGAGGAAGGGAAGAUGAAAGCAACCAGUUACUUUCUUGGAAACUCAGCAGUACUGAAGAAAUUUAUUCUGAGCCCCACAGCUUAUGAUCCUCGAAAUGUUGUGGAAUCAGAAAUAUACGACAAGGUUAAUAAACUCACAAAACGUUCUACAGGAUGUGAAAUUAUCAUUCGAGCCAUGAAGGAGGUCGUUAUCAUUUGAUGAGUCUUCUUCUUAGUUCUGGUUGGAUUCAUUUUGACCAUUGGUGCUGAUACAAGUUCUCCAUAGUCAGUAUGACUCUGCAAUCUUCUCUUCCUUUUCUUUUCCAAAAGUCCUAACCUCAGUUUGUUGGAUGUCUUUUGGAUAAAUGAUGAUCUUGCAUUCCCAUAAAAUUUCAGUUUGGUUA